UGAAACACUUUCCUGCGAGGUUAAACUUGGGUUAAUUGUGGCCCACAUUGCACUUAUGGUUUCACUCAGACGGACAUUAUUAAUGUGAAAAUCAUAUACUGUUAAAUGUUAUUACGCACACCAAUAGCCACUGCAUUUCAUUGAUCUACAUCAUUUUGUCAACAAAUUGAAUUUGAAAUCAGAAGUCAUCACGGGCCGACUAAAUAAUACAAUUGUUCAAUUUUUUCUCAAGAAGGGAUUAUGUGAAAAUUAGCAAUUUUGAGACACAUUCCAUGCCAAAAUGAAUAGAACGAAUCAAUUGAGUAAGAAACAUGAAGAAGGCACACUUGAUUUGGUUUAGUAGGCCACGAAAAAAGAAGCGGUAGGCUUUGAGUGCAAUAUAGAUAAUUUUUAAAGGGCAGUGCGGUGGAUUUUAGCACAUCUGGGGUUCAAAUGUAUGCAUGUUCUCCCUGUACUUGCAUGACUUUUCCGUUUUAAUUUGAAAUGCCGGAUCGGAGAGAGAACGUCAUUUCCGCGUUGAGCUCGGUGACUUCGGGAAGCUUGUUUGCUGUUCGAGUCUAGGUUGUAAGUGCAUGGGGGUAAUAUGGCUGCCAUUGCCACACCACAGUUGGCCGGAACGGCAUAACUUGCUGGCGAAGUAAGUCUCAAGCAUACGCUUGCAAGAAAGACGCGGUGGAACCGGAAAGCACCUCGGACCAGGUGGAAGAAAGCCCAUUUAAUCCACUUGGGGAUUGACGACGACAGCGCAUGUAAUUCCAAAAAUGGCCGGGUCAUCAGGUGGCGAACGGCGGACCUUUGACUUUUCCGAGUCCGAAUACGAAGACGACUCGGAAGAAAAUGUUUUGGAGACUGUGGAGAAAGUGCGCCCAGAAAAGCAAGCUCUUCCUGAUGCAGAGGAAAUUCAUCACAACGUUGCGCGAGCAAGCUCGGCGAAAGAACUACCUGAGGAUCCAGUGGAAGAUGUCUACUCGAUAGAGUAUGUGAUUGAAGAUCACGGUGAGGCUGACAAAGUGCAGGACGCUGAUUCACCAACUACCGGUAAGCCCAAAAAGUCUCGUAUGGUGUGCAAGGAGUGUGGGACGUCUUUCCCCCGUCGAGAGAUGUUCUACCUUCACCGCCACUAUCACGCACACAAGGAUGAACUCGUUCCCCUCACCUGUAAAGAAUGUGGCCUUGCCUUUAAGGACCGCCGCAGCCUCAUUAAACACAAACAUGUGCAUAAAGAGGAGCCAAAGUAUGAGGAGGAAGCUGCUUUUCAGUGUGCUGCGUGUGAGAGGUUUUUCCCUACGGCACAAAAACUUAGGCUCCACCAAUGUGACGAUACAGAUGACAAGCCUUAUCAUUGUACACUGUGCCGCAAAGAGUUCCUAGUAAAAUGUGCCGUCGCCAAGCACAUGCUAAACCACUCGCAAGAGGUCAGCUGGUCGUGCAAGGAGUGUGGUCGAAGCUUUCCGGACUACAGGACAUUGCGCUGCCACCAGCGAUGUCACCCUGUCCUUAAACCCUACGAAUGUCCGGAGUGCGGCAUGGCUUUCACACACAGCUCAGUCAUGGAAGCCCACCGGCGCAAGCACACCGAGCGACUGCGCUCUUUCCUGUGUCCUGUUUGCGGUAAGACCUUCAAGUACGGGAACCUCUUUCAAGAGCGUCAGAAUUUGCGCUUCAGCAAGAAGCCCUUCCGCUGUCCUGAAUGUGACAUGCAGCUCACCAGCCAACCUGAGAGCCCACAUGAAUUGUCAUGAGGUGGCGUAUGAGUUGCAGGAGAGAAGAUUCGAGCCACACCCGGAGAUUAAAAAGAUUUUGGAGGAAUUUGGUCCAAGAAAGCUCUUUGAACAAGGAUGACAACAAUCCAGAGCACAAAAGAGAUGUCGGGGGUCCUGACUGUGAAGAUGAAGGCAACAGCAUGGAAGACAAAGUAGGCCUAGGAUUAGGUCUGGGCAUAAGAGCACCUCCAACCUCAUAAAGAGGGCUGGCUCCCACCCCCGCUGUGCAGCUCCCCUUUUCUCAACGCCAGCCCAGAGCCCAGCGGUCCUCAGCCGUCGCUCGGAGCACAACAUGGUCUUCUCGAAGCCCCGCCACGCGGCUCCUGGCUUGAAGAUGCCCUGUGAGGGUUCGGAGAGGCAGAGAUUGACUUCGGGAGUCGGGUGGACCAGUGUCUGCGGGCACUCGAUGACUGCAUCAGACAGGACAUGAGAACACUAGUGUCGGCGUCGGUGCUCACUCUUCCAGCACUCCCAACGUGCAAUUUGCAGACAUUGCAGCAACAUUUACAGCAAUAGAUUCAAGUACAGUGAACCCCUGCUAUUCUCGGAGCAUGCCGUGCAGAGUGAAACUCGUGAAGAAUUGACGCCCCAUCAAAAGGGGGUUGUAAUUGUGUAUAGAUGCCACAAGAUGAAGGUAAAGCACUUAAAAUGGGGCGGAUCAUGAAACGUCACAUACACGAUCUUGAACGCAUAGUACAUAAAUGACUAUUCAGUAGUUCCAUUAUCAAAAUUUCACGAGGCACAUCAAUAGUAUUAGGUAGUACAAUAGCCUAAAUAACACGUAAGCACAAACUGACGUGUCAUCACACAUGGGCUAACAAACAUGCUCUCCUGCACAUUACACAAACGGCAUAAGUCAUUAAACUCAAAUUUUGGCGUUUACACACAAUAAUAAAUGUUGGGGAACACAGGCAAAUUGUAACAGCAAGUAGAUUACACGGGCUUAGUGGCGUUAUUGGGAGAGAAGCAAAAACAAACUUUCAUUAGUUUCAAUUUGCGCAAGGUGCAUUCAAGGACCCCAAUAAAGCAGGACCUCCCAAGCGACAUAUAGUUAAUACUGACAAGAUUCCACAACAUGGCAUCAAAGUCAUAGUUUCAUCUCUUUGGACUCACACAAAAACAGCGGAUAGGUUAAGUUGCCAAUGCCGAACCACCAAUACGCGGGGCUUCACUGUACUACAGCACGUAGUACAACAACAAACUCCAGUGGAUCAGUUACAACUCAAUGCAUUCAAACACCCCCCUCAGCUGGAGCCAUGGUUGCUUCCUGAGUUUGUAGGUUGUCUAAAAUUGCAUCUUUUGUCAAAGCUAUAUUUUGUAGAUAGGAAAUGUAUUAAAGUGUACAUAAAUGUAGACUGGUUGAUCACUUGUGGAAUCCGCAUGUAGAUUAUUAUAAUGGGGCAACGGGGAGAUUAUCAUAGCACAUCUGAGGUUCGGGGUUUGAAUCUCUGCCCUGUGUGGAGUUUACAUGUUCUCCCCAUGCUUCUGUGGGUUUUCUCUGGGUACUGCGGCUUCCUCACACAUUCUAACAGCAUUCAUGGUUGGGUAAUUGAUGACUGCAAAUUUCUGAAAGCAGGGGUUCUUAAACAUUGUGGGUCAGGGGAUUAUUUAUUUUUUCCCCCCAAAAGACUCCAUCCUAACACCAAUUUAUUACAUAUGGUAACAACGUGUGUAAUCCUGAUUGCCUGAUAAUAGUAUUAUAUUUUUUUUCCAAAUGUGUCCUAAAUAUUCAUAUUUUCUCCGUUUAACCAGUUUGGGUUCAGCUCAACUUCGAUGUAUUGCACAGCGUAAUGAGGGGAAGCGACCGAUGGUAAUUGUAGUCGUUCUGUGUUUUAUUUUGAAAACGGGGAACGGAAACGUCAUUUCCGCGUGAAGUAGCUGAAUUCAGCGAGUCUGCUGCCGCUCGAGUCCAUGCGAGGGGUGCAUGGGGGGAAUAUGGCCGCCAUAUCCCCACCGGAGUCUUCGGAACGACACAACUCCCCGGCGGAGGAAGUGCAAACAUCAGGGGGGAGGACAGACACCGUGGAACUGGAAAGCACCUCCGAGCAGACGGAAGAAAACACAUUUAAUCCACCGCGGGAGCGUCAUAGUAGCGGACACAGUGGUAACAACGGCGCUUCCUUGCCCAGCCGUUCUAAGGUUAUUGAGUCGGGGGCUGGAGGCGACCAAACAUGUAAUUCAUCGGAGCCAAAAAUGGCCGAGUCACCGGGAGACGAGCAGCGGCCCUUUGACUGCCCCGAGGACGACGACGGUGAAGAGGCUCACUCCCACACGGAAGAAAAUAUUUCAGAGACAAAAGCUAAAGUCCUUCCUGGUGCAAAGGAAAUUGAUGAGAAGGUUGAUCAACCGAUCUCUGAGAAUCCAGUAGAAGAUGUGGACUCAAUAGAGUAUGUGGUUGAAGACCACGGUGAGGGUGACAAAGGGCGGGACACCGAUUCAGCAUCUAAGCCAAAAAAGAGUCGCAUGGUGUGCAAGGAGUGUGGAUUAUCCUUCUCCCGCCGUGAGAUGUUCUACCUUCACCGCCACAAUCAUGCACGCAAGGAUGAAAUCGUUCCCCUCACCUGUAAAGUAUGCAGCCUUUCCUUUAAGGACCGUCGCAGCCUCAUAAAGCACAAACAUGUGCAUAAAGAGGAGGAGGAGGAGGAGGAAGAGGAAGAAGAGGAGCCCACAUUUGAUGAGGAAGAUCGUUUUCAGUGUGCAGCGUGUGAGAAGGUUUUCCCUACGGUGCAAAAACUGAGGGUUCACCAGUGCAACGAUACAGAUGACAAGCCUUAUCACUGUUCACUGUGCCGCAAAGAGUUCCAGUUAAGGUGUUCUGUCGCCAUGCACAUGCUGACCCACUCGGAAGAGGACAGCUGGACGUGCGAGGAGUGCGGUCGAAGGUUCCGGGACUACAAGAGAUUGCGCUGCCACCAGCGAUGCCAUCCGGUCCUUAAACCCUACGAAUGUCCGGAGUGCGGCAUGGCCUUCAGAUACAGUUCUGUCAUGGAAGACCACCGGCGCAAGCACAGCGACCAACUACGCUCUUACCUGUGUACCGUAUGUGGUAAGACCUUCAAGUACAGCAGUCUCCUUCAACAGCAUCAGUAUCUGCACACCGGUGAGAAGCCCUUCCGCUGUCCUGAAUGUGGUAAGAAAUUUGCCUUUGCUCAAAAUAUGAGGGCACACUGUCGCCAACAUAGACUGCAUCAAGCGCAUCCUCUCUCUACUCCCCUCUCUACUGAGCAGCCCAGCAAGCAGACACCUGUGUCUGCCCCGGAGACGGUGCAAGUGGUGCAAAGGAAAGAGAAUGCACACCAGAGUGACCAACCAAAACGCACUUUUAACUGUCCCCUUUGUCCCCAGACAUGCAGCUCGCCAGCCGCCCUGAGAGCCCACAUGCAUUUUCACGAGGUGGAGUAUGAGUCACAGGAGAGAAGAUUCCAGGCGCCCCCAGAGAUUAAAAAGGUUUGGGACAAAGGGUACACCUGUCCACACUGCCCAUGUACGUACCGUGAUGAGAUAAGUUUAAGAUUACACAUAUUUAAAACCCAUAAGAGCGUAGCGCAAGAUUGGAACAAAGUGUCAAUUUCCCCACAAAAAGAGUUGAGCGCCCUAAUCAGUGAAAAUCUGCAGACAAAGUUCAAAAGUGAUGACGUAGGUAUUAAGCCAUACAAGUGCCCUGAGUGUGGAAAAAUGUUUCGCCAUCGCUCAGUGUUAGAGCUGCACAUGCGCAUACAUUCCAAGGACAAGCCUUACCAGUGCAACGUGUGUGGCAAAGGCUUUCGGUUCAGCAGCUACUUACAGCAACAUAUCAUCAUCCACUCGGGCCAGAAGCCUCAUAAAUGUCCUGACUGUGGGAAGGAUUUCGCUUUCCUGCAGAACAUGAGAACCCACCAGAAGCUGCAUCAGGAAAAACCCUUCCGCUGCACCAGCUGCCGCAAAGGCUACAGCGACGAGACGCAACUGCAGCACCAUAUGCUCUCUCAUAACGGCGACAAGCCCCACAAAUGCAACCUCUGCAAUAAGAGCUUUGGCUUGGCGUAUCUGCUCCGCGACCACCUGAACACGCACACAGGAGAGCGACCCCAUCACUGCGGCGAGUGCGGCAAAUCUUUCUCCUGGUUAAGCAGCUUGUUAGUUCACCAGAAGAUCCACACUCGCAAGAAUUUUAGUCCACUUAAUUCUGUCCCCGCUGGUGGAAGGACAAGAGGCAGAGGGAGCAGGGGGAGGAGAGGGGGAAGGCUGAUGUGGGGGAUGUCUCGAACAGUAGGAAGGCCUCCCCUUUAUCCCGUCUCAGGGGACCUUUCACAAUCUUCCAUGAUCUCAUCUCAAGAGGACUUUCAAGUGAGGAUGCAGAAAGUGUUGCUUUCCGAACUACAACCUCCACCUGUCCAGUGGGAGGUGGAUGGUGACGGGGUCAUACCAGUCCCUUUAUCACAGCAGACAGAGCUGUUCGACAGCUCGCCACAGCUGGGCCGGCACAGUCGAGAGCGCGCGCCCUCCCUUGUCGGCUCCCCUCAGAAAGCUGGCCCCUCGGGAAUCGACGAGAUUGCGAAACAUGGGCACCCCACAGCCACAACAUCAACUUCCUAUGGUUCUUUUUACCAUGACUCUCAUGGGGCGUCCUCCUUCGUAGAUGGUGCAGCGUUGUGGAGCGGCCAACCUCCUCUGCUGAGUUAUCCAAACAAGCUCGGCCAAGAGCUUCAGUCGCCGAGAUGGGCGGGUGCUCCGGUGUCAAAACAGGAGACGUUCAUGCUUCCUGUGAAAGAGGACGGCAAGGUGUGGGAUCCUCAAGCAAUACCGUUGACUGUUAGCCAGCCUGACAAGCUCUGGACAGAAAGUGAGUCACAAAAGCAGACGGUUUCAGGUGUAACAGGUGCACCAUCCUCAGCUCAGAUAGACCAAAGCAUCCCCAUCCCAGUAUCCACUGCUGUUGGUCAUGGGAUAGGUAGCACUUUGUGGGGCAUUCAAGCACCACUGGGGACUUCAAACACAAUGACCUCCCCUCAGACACUAGUGAACAGUCAAGACUUCCAGCUACAGCAGAAGCAGGUGGCUGCUGCUUGGGCCAAUGUACAGAAUCAGACUGCAACACAGAAACUUCCCAUCUCCAUCAAUCCCUUUCCCCAAGCCGUCGGCACUACAGUUUGGGGCUUCCAAAAUAAUCCAGUGUGUCCUCAGGUGCUUUUUACUGGGCAGCUCAAACCUGGGAGCGGCCAGGACCUGCAGCAGCACCCCGUGGUCACGGCCAAUCAGAUCAUCCUAAACCAGCCGUCUCCAUUUUUCUCCCCGGCGCUCGCCACGCUCCCGACCCUGGCUUUGCCCGGUCCGCACUCUCUUCACACCGUCUCUGUAGGUGCGCUGUCGAGACCGCCGCUCCCAAAUAUUUUCUUCACCCCACAGGCUGUCUUGACUGAGAGGCCACCCCUGCCACAAACCCCGGCCCUACCUCAGCUCGUCCCGCAGACCGAAGCUCACAAACUCGGAGCCCGUUUGCCUUUUGUCCCAAAACGGCUCUUUCAGUGCAUGGUAUGCGGCUGCUCUUUUCCACGAGAGCUGGAUCUACAGUUGCAUUACUUGCAACACGCACAAGGAGAAGUUUGACAUCGCAACGGUAGCAGCGCAACUUGUUUAUGUAUUUGUUACUUUUUGUAUUCUGUUGAACCUCAUUGCUAUGACGCUCACUUGUGCGUUUUGACCAUCUUAUUUGGAUGGGCAUUAGAAGCCACAAAAAAACUCGAGUUUGGCUGCACACUUUUUAAAUUGUACAAUUUAACUCUAAAUAAGACUACAGAUACUGUUGUUUUGGUUAUAAACAGUAGUUGUUUCACAUUUAAAAAAAUGCUUUUAAUAUGUGGGUUGAACAACUUCUAAAGGGUGUGGACCAAUCGACCAUUUCAUUAACUGCCAAUAACAAGAUUUAAAAAUGUUGUUUUAAUUUGUAAAUUUUUGGUCCUGUGUAGAACCAUCUGAAAGGUUUAUUUCAUGUACAGUAUACUGUGUGCCUUUGAAUACCGUCUGCAUGUCUGCUUCGUUGGUAUUCUAGGCCUUGUUUAUUAGUAAAGUAGACUGAACAAUUAUCUUACUCCUCACUGAGUAAACAGAACUGUCCUCCAUAUACACUAAAAUACUGUAUAUGGAAAGAAUGAAGUACAGUACAUGGGCGAUGAAAAGUCUGCACACCCGUGUUGAAAGGCAAGGUUUUGCAUAGUAAUACGAUCAAGACAAAGGUUUCAAAUCUAUUUCUACCACUAUUAUGAGCUAUAUAGCCUGUGCAGCUGAAUUUUAACAAAUAUAUUUUCUAGAGGUGAAGUGAAAAAAAAAAAGUUAUUGUGGUUUCACAAGUGUGUACACUAACUUAUAACCGAGGAUCUGUCAGUGUUAAGAAUUAACCAAUCACAUUCAACCUCAAAUGGAAGUUUGAACUUCCACCAUUUUAAGUGUCUCUGAUUUGUCCCCAACAAACUCUGGGUGCUCUGGUAGGGUUUUCCUGCCAUUUUCUUUAUUUUGCUUUGUAGCAGAAGCCUGAAGGUUUUGUGUUGACACUGACUGCUAUUUGGAACUGUUCAUAAUUCCUUCCACCUUGACACCCCAGUUCCAGCUGAAGAAAAACAGCUCCAAAGUAUGAUGCUGCCCCCACCAUACUUCACUUGAAGGUAUUAUGUUCUUUAGGUAAUGAGCAGUGUAAUGCUAUUGUUGUGCUGUAUAUUCUCCACUUGCUGACUGUCUUUUCUGUGCUCCAUGGGAUACUGAAUAUUAUUUCAGUAUUAUUUAUUAUUUUGUACUCUUCUCCUGACCGAUACAUUUGAAUAAUGAGAUCCCUGUGAUAAUGUGGAAACUCUGCAGAACAUAGCCAACUAGAACAUUUGAAUUCUAUUUGUGGUUAAUCAGAGGCACUUUAAAUGGUAAAAGAGCAUAUUUGUGCAACCACAUUCUUAUUUUUAUAUUUACUCAUCCUCUCAGAGACUUCUAUAUUUUAAUUUUAAGUCAGAAUAGGUGGAUGGUUUUGAAAUUAUUUAGCUUGGUCUAACUUUUUUUUUUUUUUUUUUUUUUUUACAUCACAAAAACCUGGCAUUUGAACAGGGGUGUGUAAACUGGUGUGAUACCACAUUGAUCUGGGUUUUUACUUCAUGCAAAUAAAGUCAUAAAAUGAAUUAAA